UAAGCACGAAUAUUCAUAAAAUAUACAUACAUUAUAAUAUGCCUACGCAUAUGUUUGUAUAUGUAUAUAUGUACGUUUCAUGUUUGACACGUUAUGUAUUCUACAUACAUAUGUAUACUCGCAUGAUGCUUGUACUCUAAUCAUGCAAAUUCGUUAUAUCUACAUUUUUGUUUGAGGUACAUAAUUUAAACGAUACCCAACUAUUCUAUUGAUCUUUUGCAGAAAGGAUAAAUUUUAUUUAUUAUUAUUGACAAUAAAUGAGAGAACAUAAUGUAAGGACAAUAAAUUAUUGUAGAAAUAAUUUAACUAUAUAUAUAUAAAUGUAUUGUAUAUUAUACAUUAAUAUUAAAAUUGUGGUUGAGCCGUGAUACUCUCACAGCCCACGAGUGUUUCUUGUUUCUUCGAAGUUUUAUAUUCUAUAAUAUUAUUUAAGCAAAAGCUCAGGAUGGUUCCAUAGCUAUUUGUUGGUAGCUUCCAAUGUUUAAACAUUUGUCUAUAAUAAAUUUUCUUCCUUAAUACCUAUUAAGAACAGUAUAGUGACGUGUAUUUUAUGAAUUAUUGCAUCACGUUAGUUUUACAUGCUACAUAAUUAUAUUGGUAACGUUGAAAUCAAUUAUUUUUAUUUUUAAGAUAUAAAAGUUUUACAUGAAAAUAAGAACGUUUAUGUCUCUGUUAAGAAAAAGUGUUUUCACGCAGCGUGAGCGUUUCACGGAGCACGUAAUUAAAUAUAAAUAUUAUCGUGUUAAACUUUAUCCUUGUGGAUUAUCGAUAUGUAUGAAAGUAGAAGUAUAAUACAUCAAUUACUGGCUGUUAAUAUUGUAUCUUUAUUAUUAUUGCAUUGCGUGUAUGGAAACAAAGGUCUUCAAGAGAUUGUUCUUCGUCACUAUAAUCGGUGUUCACUGUUCACUCGUAGAUGAUGUGAGUGCGGAGACGAAAACGUUUAAGGAUUUGUUCAACAGCACGUCUUGCGCCAGACCACCAUACGAGUGCCCGCACCCGCAAAUAGAAUUUUAUUUGUACACCAGAGAAACGCAGAAAAAACCUUUGCGUAUAGACGUUCGAAGGUACGAGUCACUUUAUUACUCUAAAUUCAACAAAUCCCAUCCUACAAAGAUUAUUAUUCACGGCUUUGGCGGCGGGAGAAAUUUAAUUCCUAGUCCAGAUAUCCGAAAAGCGUAUUUCACGCGUGGCGAUUACAAUAUUAUAAUUGUCGACUACGGCACACUAGUACGCGAGCCCUGUCUGUCGCAAAUACAAUGGGGUCCAGACUUUUGUUCACGAUGUAUUGCUCAAUUGGUAAGAUACUUGAGGGAUCAUCCGCGGGGUACGAGAGUGGACAAUAUACACGUUCUCGGGUACAGCGUGGGCGCGCAUAUAGCUGGCCUUAUUGCGAAUUAUUUGCCCGAUGACAAGCUUGGAAGGAUCACAGGACUCGAUCCGACGAUAUUUUUCUACAUGAACGGUGGCAACCGUUCGAUGGAUUUAGACGAGACGGACGCGCAUUUCGUCGACGUGAUUCAUACAGGUGCGGGGAUCUUGGGCCAAUGGGGGCCGACGGGGCACGCAGAUUUUUACGUGAACGGAGGGUCAAGUCAGCCCGGAUGCGCGACAACUUCCAUACUUCAGACACUAUCGUGCGAUCACACAAAGGUGACACCGUAUUACAUCGAGUCGAUUACGACGAAAGUGGGAUUCUGGGCAGCGCCUUGCGGAAACCUUUUUUCUUACCUGAUCGGUUGGUGCAAACCGAAACUCGAGGAGUACAUACUCAUGGGCGAAGACGCCCCGCACACAGCACGAGGCAUUUACUAUCUUUCAACAAACGCACACAAACCGUACGCCCGCGGCCUUCCCGUAAAAAGCCAACGAACGAUAAAUCGGAAACGAUCGUCCUCCCGCCAGUAUUGAGCCUACUGAAGCAGUUAAUCAACAUACUUAUAGAAUAAUAACCAAUGUACGUGAUCAUUAGCUCUGUGCGGUAACCAGUACCUACUACUAGUUGUAAGCGUUUUGCUCUGUUAUUUCUUUUGUACAUUUUUUAAUUAGUUUUUACGUAAUAAACUAUUUUUCUAAGCAAUCUUCUGUGACUCGUAUGCCGACUGAUGCGUUUAUUCCCAUCGGUACUUACUGUAUCAUUAUAUUCAAGAACUUUCACCCUGUCCCGUCUUAUGGAAUCCUUUCCUACCCAACUGGUUUCUGCUUCUCAAUACCAAGUGAUAUUCACGAUAACAAAACAAUUAACAAAACUAAU